GGAAGAAACCAUAAUAGAAAGAAAUUAGAUUCAGCUAAGUCUAGUCUCUCCUUUUUCUAUCCUCUUGAUCUUCAACCGGAAACAAUGGAGAACGAAAACGGAUCGGCGAAAACCACCGGGAAAGUUAUUAGAUGCAAAGCUGCAGUGUGCAGAAGCCCUGGCACAGCACUGGUGAUUGAGGAAAUUGAAGUUGAUCCCCCAAAAGCUUACGAAGUUCGCAUCAAAAUCCUAUGCACUUCACUCUGUCACUCUGAUAUUUCCUUCUGGAAACUAAACAUCCAGCACCCAUUCGCCGUUUUCCCCAGAAUUUUUGGACACGAAGCUGUCGGAGUUGUUGAGAGCGUAGGGGAGAAUGUGGAGGAAGUGAAGGAGGGGGAUUUGGUGCUGCCGGUGUUUCAACCGCACUGUGGAGAUUGCAGGGACUGCAAAUCCCCAAAGAGUAACGCUUGUAGGGGUCUUCCAAAGUUAUAUGACAAGAUGCCGAGGGACGGGACCAGCAGGUUCCGGAGCAUCAACGGGGAGGUGGUGCACCAUUUCUUGUUCGUGUCCAGCUUUGCCGAGUACACAGUGGUGGACGCCGCCCACGUCGUCAAGAUUCAGCCGGAUAUUCCUGUGGAGAAGGCCUGCUUGCUUAGCUGCGGGGUGUCAACGGGGGUAGGGGCAGCGUGGAAGGUAGCGGAUGUUGAAGAGGGCUCCACCGUUGCAAUCUUCGGUCUCGGAGCUGUUGGACUCGCGGUUGCGGAAGGAGCAAGGUCACGUCGAGCUUCAAAGAUUAUAGGAGUCGAUUUGAAUCCUGAAAAAUUUGAGAUUGGAAAAAAGUUUGGGAUAACUGAUUUCAUCAACCCUACUGCAUGUGGGAACAAAAAAGUCAGCGAGGUGAUUAAGGAAAUGACAGAUGGGGGAGCUGAUUACUGCUUUGAGUGCGUUGGGUUAACAUCACUGAUGGAAGAAGCUUUUAACAGUAACAGAGGGGGGUGGGGCAAGACAGUAAUUCUGGGAGUGGACGUGAAUAGCCUGUCGUUACCUCUGAACCCUCAUGAGCUUCUACAAGGCAGAAGUGUCACUGGGUCACUUUUUGGAGGAUUGAAACCUAAAUCCGACAUUCCCUUCCUUGUUGAAAAAUACCUGCACCAGGAACUCAAUUUGGAAGGGUUUGUAACGCACGAAGUAAGCUUCCAGGAUAUUAACAAGGCUUUUGAAUUGCUGGUUCAGGGGAAGACCAUCCGCUGCAUCAUUUGGAUGGAGAACUAAAUAAUAAAGGAAAUUGAUGGAAUACCAUUAUUACCAAGGUUUUACUUUGGUUAGAAGUUCAUAUUGAAAGCGUGUAUUUUUUUUGUUUUUUUGUUUGAACAUUGGGGAAUUUUAGGGGGAAGGAGGAGAUUUUACAGUCUUCUUGCCAUGUUCAUUUGAACCUGGGUCAUGGCCAAGGUUUUGGUGCACUUUUGCCAGCCCUACCAGCUUUAAAAAAAAAACAAAAAAACCUAAGAUAA